AGUGGUAGUACUACAGGAAGAGGAAGGAGCAAGCCGGCGCGCUCCCCGCUCUCCUCCCUCCUCGUCCCGCCGCGCUCUGACGACAGAGCCGUGCGCAGCCCAGCCGCGGCGAGCAGCCACGUUGACAAGUGAGGGCUCUGGGGCAGAGGCUGGCGUCCGGGGGAGUCGUCUCCAGCCCUCAGUACUAGCAGAACUGCGGCUGCUCUGUGUGCAGGAGCUCCAGAGCAAAAUGUCUUCGCCGCCUAAAGUGAAAACAGAGACCCGAGCUGGACACCCUCCUGCUGUUAAAGCUGGUGGAAUGAGAAUUGUGCAGAAACACCCACAUGCUCCAGAUACCAAAGAGGACAAAGAUAAGGAGGAAUCGGAAUGGGAAACCAGCAGCAGUCCACCUAAGCCAACUGUAUUCAUUUCUGGAGUCAUUGCAAGGGGUGAUAAAGACUUCCCUCCAGCUGCGGCCCAGGUGGCUCACCAGAAACCACAUCCCUCUGUGGAAAAGCUCCCCGCUCCACAGCAUGUCAAACAGCACAUUCACCAGCCUCGCAAAUGAAUCAACUGUCCAAGAUCCAGCCAUAGUGUUUUGGAAAUGCAAAGAUUAAGAGAUUUGUGCUACCAGAUCUUUUAAAAAAAGUGGUAUUUCAUGCUUUUGCCUUAAUUGUCUAUGGUUUAAUAAAGGGGUGGGGGGAAGAAAGUAAUGUUCCAUUACCCCAGUUGAAACACAUACUCCUGGGUACUGCCGGUCAAAAAUGUUAUGGUCAUGUUAUAGUAACAGGAUGGGGAUAGCUUAGAUCAAACAAUUCCUUUAAUGAAUAAUUAUUUUAAACUUGUUUGUUCCUGGAUGUUGAUCUAUAGGAAUGCAUAAGAUUGGGGCAGAGGAGUUGGCUCGUAUCCUUUUCUGGCUGCUUUCUAAUGAGAGUUUUUUUAUUAUGCGCAAGUCUGACGCCUUUGUGAUUUUUAAAGAAUUGUUCUUGCUAUGUUCUUCUUAAAUAUGUUUAAAAUAAGGGCCAGCUUCUUGACUUUUGUUUGUUUAAUUCAAGAAUAUGAGAGGACCAGAAAUGUUUCUCAGAUAUGUUUUGAGAUCUUUGUGGAUAUAUGUCGUAGUAAUUGCAACCUAGCCAAAGAUUUUACCAGCCAACUGGCCCAUAGUCUUAACAGGGUCCUCUGAAUCUUGUCCAAAAUUACCGAGCAAUAAGACACAAUAAUCGAAUUAAAAGCAAGGUGAUCUGUAUUUUACUGAAGUUGCCGAAUGUUCUAAAUACUCUUGAAUGACUACAUGUAUUGCAGCCCCUCAGAACAGCUUUAAACAUGCAGGCAUGGCAGUACUUCCAAGAUGUACAAUUUCAGGUUGCAGCAGGUGAGUAGAUCACAUCUCUGAAUGCUCUUCCUUAUAAAGAAUUCCAGCACAUGGAAAGCUAGUAUGCCAGCUUUGGCUGAAAUAUUAUUGCUGACAUGCUAUCUUUCCAUGUGCAGAGAAUUCUUGUGUGGAAGAACAUUCAGAUAUAAAAUUCUCCAUCUAAAAUCUGAAGUGUUACAGUCCAUGAAGAACUACACCAAAUACAAAGUUGUAAAUUUGAAUCAGCCAUAUCUUGUAGGGGUGUGCACGGACUGAAGGUUCAGCUGCGGUGUGGCUGUGGCACACACCUGGCCUCUGAAUGGAGCUGUGCCACAGCCACAUGCAGGCUGCUGGGGGGAGUGCUUCCACACCAGGAAGCUUCCUGGAGCAGUGGUACCACUGGUAAGGAACUGCACCCCGCACCCCAACACCACCAUCACUGGCCAUCGAACUGGUUUGUGGACCAGCGAUUCAGUCUGAAUUUGGACCACACCAUGAACCCUUGGUCCAUGCACACCCCUAAAAUACUGGCAGCUAAACUGGAUUAUCCUCUUACAUUCUGCAUUAUGGUUAUGUAGUACAGUAUGGGGUAACAAGCAUCUAUGGACAGUAAUUGGUUCUUGCCAUUGUGAUCACAGCUAGGGAUGUGUGCGGGAUGAUACCUGCAUUCUGUUCCGAGCUCAGAAUGGAACGUGAAUAUGCCCGGAAUGUUCUGUCAGAACAAUCAGUCGAGCCAGUUGUUCUGAUGAAAUGAGCUUGGAACACUCAAAACGUUGCUCUUCUGGCCUGUGCACAAGCGUGGCAGCCAUUGCGUGGUGUUGGUGACCAUGCAAAUGGGGGUCACACAUGCACAGAGGCCAGAAGAGCUCGGAAUGUUCGGACUCAGAAUGGGGUCGUUCAGUUCCAAGCUCGAUGCAGGUCCUUCAUUUGAAGGGCUUUUUGUUCCAAGUUUGGAACUCUCAAAACAGCCCAUUUCGAGUCAGGAUGUUCCGCGUGCAGAACAUUCUGCACAUCCCUAAUCACAGCAAGCAAGCAGAGUAAAUUACAGAGAAGGGGCACAAAACAACUCUAGGUGUAUUUUAAGUGAGCCUCAGUUAAGAUGUGCAUUCCUAUAUGCAUCAUAUAUAUCAAUUAAAUUCAGUGGGGACCAGGUAAGCAUUAAGAUGCACAUCUGCGUAUUUGCAUCAGUUACAUAUGAGGGACUCACUUGCUGAAUUGGAGCAAAGAUUAUAUUUAAUUAAGGUUAACUAAGGUAAUUAGUAAAAACUGGGUCUGGUCAUGCAUACAAAAUUGUUUUACAAGUACAUGAUUUAGAAUCACUUUGUUCUGUAUACCAAAGUUUAACUUACAUUCUUAUGGGUACUUGAAUUUUACAAUGAAUAAAGUACACUCAAUCUUUUUUUCAGCCUAUGAACUACAAAGCAUUUAAUAACUUGAGAAAAGUUGGCUGCUAAUAAAUCAUAGUUGCAACUGCUGUUCUGGCAAACCGUGAGAAAUUUCCACCCCCCUUUGGGCUUUGGAGAAUCAUUUAUUUUUAAUGACAAAUAACAUGAGAGGCAAGAGGAGAGAGUUUCAAUAAUAAUUAAAAAAAAAUACACCGUUGAAAUAUUGCUAAAUAAAUGUGUAAUUAUUUUG